CAAACCCGCGGCUGAAAAAUGGGGAAGAAAUCUUGAGAGUGAAGAGUUCAUGAGAUGCGUGCGAAGCAAGGCGUUCACAAUGAUUCAACUUCCGUGGCAAUGAUUCGCUCCACCAUCACCUCAUUUCAAUAAUCAACGAUUCAACAAUCAUUUUCGCAGCUUUUUCUCUCGAAUUCUUCCUUUAUAUUCAACGCAGAGGCUUCGUCGUCUCCUCCGAUUCCACUGUUCAUCGUCGAGUUCCAUUUCCAUGGAGGUCGUUGAUUUAAAGGUCUGCUUGCAUUGCAAAUCCUGCGAAAAUUCUGUUCGCAAAACGCUUUGCAAAAUCAAAGGAGUGAAAUGUGUGGAAACAAAUAGAGCUUUGAACAAGAUCACCGUGUUGGGUUACAUGGAUCGUAAAAUGAUCAUCAAGGAGGUACGAAAAACAGGACGAAAGGCCGAGGUAUUGCCAUCUUCGUCCCUCCGCCCCUCGACUCCACGUCAGAGAAGUCGAAGAGCAACCUCUGCAUUCAAAUGUAUAUUGCCAUCUUGUUUUCGCUAAAAUUUGAAUAUGUCUUUAAUGUUUGUGUCAUGCAUGGUGUAUUCAUUUUUUCUAAUAUGAGUUUUUUGAGUCGAGAGAGUUUUGAAA